UUCAACAAUAGCUUUUAUAAUGCUAGAGAAGAUGCAGUUGCAAAGCAAAUCAGACAGAACCACACGACAGCUUUUAUCAGCUCAUUAUGUCAGAAUUCAGGUUUGAAUUUAGUGAAUCACCGACCCGAUCCUCGUCACCGGCAUCAUCAUUGAGCACGCAGCUUGGUGAUGCAGAUCCCAAACCGACGGAUAUACGCGCUUGCGAUAGUCAAAUUCUAGUCUUUGAUAGUCCAAUACUGAAAGUUUGCGUUGGGACGGACCCGGACGCAGCAGGCUUUUUCGUCCACGAAACCCUCUUCACCUCCAGAUCCGGAUUCUUCAGGUGCGCUAUUAGUCAGGCCUUUCGAGGAACUGAAGCGCAUGUGGUAGCACUGCCAGACGAUGACCCGGAUACCUUUCGUCUAUACCUCAACCUGAUCUACACACAUCAGCUAGUCACAAGGGGUACCGACCAAUGGCUGAAGCUAUGCCGACUAUACGUUUUAGCGGAGAAACUACAAGACGUCACAUCCAAGAACCACAUCAUCGACGGAAUGUACGCAUUCUUCAGCGACAUCGCCUGCCAACCUACCCUGAGCAUCAACGUUCAACGUAUUCUUCCGGCUGCAGCAACGACAGAGCUUUAUGAAGGCACAUCCAACCAAAGCCAGGCCCGGGAACUCGUUCUAGAUCUUUACGCGGACUCUGGUAACAUAUCCUGGCUUCUCAGCGAGCAAGCAAAGUUACCCACCGAAUUCAUUUGUGAUGUUGCCGUCCGCUUGUUGCAAAGGCGUGGCCAUGUCUUCUCUGGCUUCCGGAUUCGUCGUCCAUCCUACGGCUAUCAUGAAGUCAACGUAUCCUCUCCAGGGAUGACCCGUGCUGUGACUGGGGAAGUGGAUGCCUCGGCAAAUGGGCUGAACGAUGCGGCCAUGGCUGUUGCAGUGGCCAAGAAGGAAUCUUAUAAGAACAUUCAAGAGCUCGGAAAUGCUGCGAAGGAAUCGACACUCGAAGAUCACGACGCCGCAGUGGUUGACGUGGCUACACCAGCGACCGAACAUACACUGCCGCCACUCAAAGGAGUCGUGACAGAAGUGAGAUGGGAGCUUGACAGAUGGUAGGAGAUUCCGAGGCUUCAGAUUAUCAUGUUAUCAGCGUUGGAUUCUAUUUCAGGGAGGUGACAAUGGGAGUAGUAACUUUUCGAGAAACGAGUGUUCCUAUGUCGGCUUGUAUAGCCCCCCCACCAGGGGUGGCUAAAAUUCCCGUCGCAUUCUACAUAGAUACUCAAGUAGAAGUAUACGUUGUGUUGCGUACUGUCUACCUGCAA